AUGUGGGGAACGUUGUUCACACGGUUACGAACGGUUUGCACCGUAUCGCUUCCACGUUCCAUCGAGGUUCCGACAGCACUGCGACCGGCAACGUCUGGGGUGGUUUCAUAUUUCCACUCGCUAUCAUUUCCGGCCAAACCUUCUCCCCUCACCAACCAAUGCAACCAGCAAGCGGUGUGCAUUCCACAUUUUCUGCAGGCCCGCCCCAUACCAUUGCUGAACUUGGUCAGCGGCUUUAAGGUGAAGGGUCGACUAAAGCGACGCUGCAAAGAUUGUUACUUUGUGAUGCGCCAGGAGCGGCUGUAUGUAAUUUGCAAAACCCAUCCGCGCCACAAGCAGAUGUCGAUGAAGAAGCAUGAUCGCAACACAUGGAUACUGACGGACGCUACCCAAGGCAAGGUUAGAGCGUGGUGAACGUCCUAAAUUAGUCAUUAACAACUGUUAGUAGG